AGUUUUUGUUUGGCUAUUUUUAAUAAGAUUAUUUCACCUCCAUAAAAAGUUCAUGGAAAGCACCAAAGCAGUCUUUCAUUUUACUCUGAGAAUCCAGAACACUAGUAUCAUAUCAUAUAACCCAACUGUACACAACAAUGUACCUCCAAGGUUUACUAUGAGUUAAAAGAAACAAUGGCUUGUAUCUCCAACUGUGCCAGAAGACAAAGCCGUUACAAUCGCCUUGACCGACUUAUUCGCCUCUGUAUAUCACCGUCAACUUGAAGAUGGUCGAGAUAUUCGGUCCGAUUAGAUAGUUAACUCGCAUGGCAAUGUGAUAAUAUCUCUCGAGUCGCACGCGAGUUGUAUAUGUCAUGAUAAACUGUCCUGGUUUGGGCAACUAUACAUUUCAAACUGAAACUAGGUGUGUUAGUUCAACAGGUAAAUAAACCGGUAGCUGAAAUAGCAUUGGGGCACCGCCCACCGAAUAGCGUUCGUGUUUGUCGCCAGAGGUCGCUUCAGUUGGCGCACCUGUAUCAGGUAUAUACUAACAUCGGGUGGCAGCCAUUCCAUGCACACUCUGUUCGUUAAAGUCACUCCAGUUUGAAGGCGGAUUGUUUUUUCCUAACUUAGAAGAGGGAUAUACUCAUUUUCUCCUGUAACAAGUUGGCUUCAGGGAAUGAUGUCACGGUAGAUGAUUUUGUAGAUGGAAUAGCAGUCCUCGUUGACCAGACACUAAGACAUCAGCGAUGGACAUUCAGAACUUUGAGAAAGGGCGUAUAAAAGCCCUUCAGGAUGAAAGAGUCUAUAUACAGAAAAAGACCUUCACAAAGUGGGCCAAUGCCUUUCUCGAAAAGGCAAGACUGGAAAUCAAGGAUCUCUUUACAGAUCUUGCUGACGGCAAGAUUCUAAUGAAACUUUUGGAGAUCAUUUCGGGAGAAACAGUUGGAAAACCCAACAAGGGAUUAAUGCGAGUACAGAAAGUGGAAAAUUGUAGUAGAUGUCUGAAAUUCUUAGCUACCAAGGUCUACUUUGAGAAUAUCGGAGCAGAAGAUAUUGUAGAUGGAAACCCUCGGCUUAUACUCGGUCUCAUCUGGACCAUAAUCCUUCGCUUCCAAAUCCAAGAGAUUGAAAUUGAAGUGGAUGAAGAAUCAACUGAGAAAAGAUCAGCUAAAGAUGCCUUAUUGUUAUGGUGUCAAAGAAAAACUCAGGGGUACCCUGGUAUCAAUAUUACAAACUUCUCUAGUAGCUGGAGAAAUGGCCUGGGAUUCAACGCCCUUAUUCAUGCUCAUAGACCCGACCUGAUAAACUAUGAUAGACUGGCUCCUGAUGAGCACAUAGAAAACCUGAACAAUGCCUUCACCUGCGCCAACAGCCAGCUGGGUAUCCCACCUAUUUUGGAUGCUGAGGAUGUGGACGUGAACCGGCCAGAUGAGAAAUCCAUCAUUACUUACGUAGCAUCCUACUAUCAUUACUUUGCCAAGAUGAAGAGUGAGAUGACAGGUGGAAAGAGGAUUGCUAAGAUUGUGGGCCUGAUGAUGGAUGUGGAGAGCAUGGUAGAUGACUACGAGACCCUGACAACUCGCCUCCUUGAGUGGAUCGUACAGAAAGUGGAAGGACUCAACGACCGCAACUUCCCUAACUCAGGCGAAGGAAUACAAAAGGAAUUGAUCAAGUUCAAGGAAUAUCGAACUGUGGAGAAACCUCCAAAGAUGAGAGAAAAAGGAAACAUUGAAGCACAGUACUUCAAUAUACAGGCCAAACUGAAGGCUAAUGGUCAGAUUUUGUACACCCCCCCAGAGGGUCAACUCAUUCAUGACAUAGAGAGUGCCUGGAUUUGUCUGGAUAAGUCCGAACACGGAAGAGAAGUGGCACUCCGGGAUGAAAUGAUCAGACAAGAGCGACUUGAACAGCUUGCCCAAAGAUUCAGAAGAAAGGGUGAGAUUCGUGAGUCGUGGCUGGCUGACAUGGGCCAGAUUUUGGACGAGAAGAUUGUAUGUGAUGAUGUGGCCACUGUGGAAGCUGCUGUGAAGAAACACGAGGCCAUUAGUGCGGAAAUCUUAGCAAGGAAAGACAGAUUCAAGGCCUUGAGAGGAUUGGCCGAUGAACUUGUACAGGGAAAUUACCAUGCGAAGGGAGCAGUACAAAAAACAGAUGAAAGGAUUGCCAAGAAAUGGCAGGCUCUCCUCGACCAAUUGGAGAAGAGGAAGCUAACACUGUCCGGCUUCAACAACAUUAUGAAUAUGUUCCGAGAAAUAGAAAGUAUCCAGGAGGAACUCCGAGAAGUAGAGAAUAAGGUGAAGAUAGAUGAGUAUGGUAAGCAUCUCCAGGCUGUAGAAGAGUACCUUCAGCAGCACAGUCUGGCUGAGACACAACUCAACGCUCUCGGCAAGCGAGUCCGCAACCUUAACCGCCGCUCAAAAAGCUCCAUAGACUCCUCCCACCCGGAGGGUACCGUCCUAGAACAGAGGCUCGGUGAUGUUAACAAGGUCUAUGAUAGGGUGAAUGACCAGAGUAACGUCCGCCACAAAGGUCUGGAUGUUGCCAAGAAAUACUACCAGUUCCUACAGGACGCUGAGGAAGAGGAGAGAUGGGUCCUAGAAAAAAUAGAUGCCUGCCGGUCCUCAAAUAUUGGCAAAAAUCUCAAUGCUGCUCUCGUACUGCUCAAGAAACAUGAGGCCCUUGAAGCAGAGAUGCACGGACGAUGGCCAUGGUGCGAGCAGAUGUGUGGAGUAGGACAAGACCUGGUCAACAGUGGGCACAAGGCACGUUCAGAAAUUGGCUCCAAGAUCAACAGCCUGAUGGACAAGUGGAAACAACUCAAGGAGUUGGCUGCACUCAGGAAAACCAAGAUAGAGGACGGCAUUGAGGCUCAUCAGUACUAUGCUGACGCCAACGAGGCAGAGUCGUGGAUGAGGGAGAAGAUGCCUAUUGUUACCAGUGACGAUUACGGUCGAGAUGAGGCCAACUCGCAGGCUCUCUUAUCUCGGCAUAACCGAUUGGAAGAAGAGGUCCGAGGAUUCAAGUCUGAAAUAAUGCGACUUGAUGAACUCGCUCAGUUGAUGACCAAGGCGGCCAGUGAACACAACAUUUCACCUGAUAAGUUCAUGCCCCAGGAGAACGGGGAAAAUUCUGAUGAGGAGGAACUUGUAGAGGAGCUGGUUGACGUUCCUCAUGAAAUAGAGGUGGAAGAGGUUGUAGAAAGAGAGGUCAUCCAAGAUGUCGUAGAAACCCGAAAAAUACCCCAAGUCAAAGCUAUGUAUGCCUACAAAGGUCAGGGAAUGAAAGCGGACAAAGGGGAGAUCAUGAUUGUGGUACAAAGAACCAAUUCGGACUGGUGGCAGAUAAGGAAAUCUGAUGGCACUGAGGGAUUUGUUCCGGCUAAUUAUGUUGCUGACGUUGACCCAAAGGUCACACAGAAAAUAGUAAAGAGGCCCACCAAGGUCCCAGAGAAGAUCAAAGUGAAAAAGACUGUCAUGAAGAAGGAACUAGUGAAAAAGAAGAAAGAAAAGUCGUCUAAGCUGAGAAGAGCUCCGUCAGUGAGAUCUAAAGCCAACCUUCAUUUUGACAAAGACAAUGUUGACAAGAGGCAACGCCAAGUGAACGUCACGUACAACAAACUUGUUCGCCUAGCUAAGGCACGAAGGAUUGCGUUAGAGGAUGCCAUGGCUCUGUUCAAGUUUUACCUCAAGUGUGACGAAUUGGAGGCCUGGAUGAUUGAGAAGGAACAAGUGUUGACCAGUAAGGAAAGCCUAGCAGACAACAUGGAGGCUGUUAGAAAGAAGUUUGAGAAUCUACUUACCAGUCUCGCUGCUAACAAAGGCCAUCUUGACAGCAUCAACAAACUGGCUGAAGAGAUUGUCAAGUCAGGCAGCAGUCAGAGAGAUGGGGUGAAGAAACGCCGCCAGGAAAUAAACGACAGAUGGGACAGAUUGAACCGUCUGAAGAUGGAAAAGGAGAAGAACCUAGAAGGAGCCUCAAGCAUUGAGAUGUUCCAAUCUACGUGUGAUGAUCUGAGCGAGUGGAUGAAAGACAAAGACGCCAGUCUCAACACUGAUGAGGUGGCCAAUAACCUCAAGGCCAUCGAGGCCCUGCAGCGGAAACAUGCUAAUUUGGAACGAGAACUGGUUCCUGUAGAGGAGAAAAUGAACAGAAUGAAUUACCUGGCUGACUCAGUGAGAGCAUCCUACCCAGAUGAACGAGACUAUGUGGAUCAGAGACAAAGCGAAUUACAGAACAUGUGGGACAACUUAAAGAAAAAGGCAGAUUCCAAGAAGAACAAGCUUGGAGACUCGCAAGAACGCCAACAGUUUAAUGAAGACGCAAAUGAUUUGAUGGCAUGGAGUAGCACAAUGAAGUCUAAGCUUGCCACCAAUGAGAUGCCCCGGGAUGUACAGAUGGCAGAGGUUAUGAUAAAGGACCAUGAUGAACUGGCUGAUGACAUUGAGGCCCACAAACCCAAAUUUGAGCAAGUUAAGGCUCUAGCUUGCAGUGUCCUAGAGAAAACACCAGAUGCCUCAGAUGUAAAAGAUAAAUUGGGGAAACUGGAAGAAGAUGAGAAAGCCAUCAACGAAAUGUGGCUCCAUAGGAAAAACCAGUUACAGGACGCUUACGAUUUACAGGCUUUUAACAAGGAUGCAGACAACAUUGACUCUGUAACAAGCAGCCAUGAAAAAUUCCUGGAGUUUGCUGACCUUGGGAGCACUGUUGAUGGUGUAGAAUCAUUGUUCAAGCGACACGAGGACUUUGAGAGCACGCUGCAGGCCCAGGAUGAGAAGGUGAAAGCCCUGGAUGACCUUGCCAGCAAGUUGAUUGGGGAGGACCAUCCUGACAAGGAUCACAUUGAUAGCCGUCGUAACCAGGCAUUGGAGAGACGACAGAAGGUGAAGGAGAAGGCAAGUGAACGACACAAUGCUCUACUGGCUGCUCAGGGAUCUCAGGAAUUCAAGAGAGAUGCUGCAGAGUUGUCAUCCUGGAUGAAGGAGAAGUACAAGACGGCCACUGACGAGUCUUACAGAGAUCUCAACAACCUUCAGGAGAAGCUUAAAAAACACCAGGCUUUCGAGGCAGAGCUCAAGGCCAACAAUGAAGGACUGAAGUCUCUUAACGAGCAAGGAAAUGUCAUGAUACAAGAAGAUCAUCCGGCCACUCCAGAGAUCAAAGUCAUCUUAGAUGACCUCAACACUCAGUGGAGGGACCUUUACGAUAAGUCCAUGGACAAGGGGAACAAACUCCGCCAGGCAGCUCAGCAGUAUGCUCUCAACAAGGCACUAGCCGAUGCUCAGGGCAAGUUGGAUGAGAUGGAGAAGUCUGUUGCCAACCCUGAUGUGGGGUCUGACCUCCGAGGGGUCAAAGCCUUGCUGAAAAAGCACCAGAACCUAGAAAAUGAUCUGGGCUUGUUAGAUGCAAACAUCAAGGACAUCAUUUCCCAGGGCCAGGCUCUGGCUGACUCUGGCCAUUUUGAUAGUGCUGGUAUCCGUAAGGCUGUAGAUGUAUUUAACACUAGGUUUGAGAGAUUGAAGCCAGAAGUGAAGAGGAGGAAAGGCCUGCUUCAGGACUCGCUGCAUUUCUAUCAGUUCAAGUUUGAUGCAGAUGAAGAGAUCAUUUGGAUCAAAGAACACCUGCCUGCUGCCUCCUCAACAGAGUACGGCAAAAGUUUGGUGGACGCCCAGAACCUACACAAAAAACACCAGAAACUUGACCUGGAGAUCCUAGGCCAUCACCCCAUCAUUGAAAAGGUGCUGGGUACGGGGGAGAAGCUGAUGGAAGAACGCCACUCCAGUGCCAAACAGAUCAAAGACAAGUGCCAGGAACUACAAUUGUCCUGGGAUGACCUCGCCAACAAGUCCAAGAUACGCAAGAAGAACCUUGACCUCUCCGUCCAGAUCCAGAGGUACCUGUCGGAGGUUGCAGAAGUCGAGAACUGGAUUAAUGACAAGAUGGUGCUAGUAACAAACACAGACUACGGUAAAGACCAGUCGGCAGCAGAUAAAAUGCUCACCAAGAACAAGGUGCUUGAGACUGACAUUCAGACAUACCAGGGCAUAGUAACGGGACUUAGUAAGGAGGCCCAGAGGAUCUUCAAGAUUGGCUGUCAGGAUCCGUCCAGUCUGAGGAAAGCCCAGAUGAUUGAAUCCGUUCGCCGCAAGGACAAUUUGCAAGACUUCUUAAAUAAGCUGAAACGCCUUGCAGCCGAGCGAACCCAGAACCUAGAAAUGUCUAAAUGGAUGCAUGCUUACACCCGUGAAAGUGGUGACCUCGAGGGCUGGAUAGAACAGCAAAUGCAGAUUGCCUCCUCCGAGGAGUACGGCCAGGAUUACGAGUACCUGGUUAUUUUGAGGAACAGAUUUGAUGAGUUCAAGAGAUCUAUAGAGGCUGGUGGUGAGAGGUUUAAUCAGUGUGAACGUUUGGCAAAGACUCUGCUAGAGGACAAUGUCCCAUACAAGGAGCAGGUGGAGGAGAGACAGGAUCAACUCAGGGAAUCCUGGAACAAUUUACUGGAGCAGAUUGAGGCAAGGGAUCAGAAGUUGUACGGGGCUGGAGAGAUCCACAGGUUUAAUAGAGAUGUGGAGGAGGCCCUCACCAGAAUACAGGAAAAAUACUCAAGUAUACCAGAUGAACUUGGAAGAGAUUUAUUCGCUACACAAAGUUACCUCAAGAAACAUGAAGGAUUUGAAAAUGAACUCAUUGCAUUGGAGGCUCAGUUGCAGGUGUUGAUUGAGGACUCUGACCGCCUCCAACAGACAUAUCCGGGGGACAAUGCUGCGGAGAUAGAGCAGCUCCAGGCUACCGUGGUGGAGAACUGGGGGGUUCUCCAGGACCGCGCUGCACACAGGAAAGAGGAACUUCUCGCAGCAUCUGAACUUCAUCGUUUUUCAGCAGAUGUACGAGAUCUGAUGAGCUGGGCCAAUGAGACGGAGCAUGAGAUGUUGGCGGAGAAGCCUGUACGCGAUGUACACAGUGUAGAUAUGCUGAAGGGCCGCCAUGAGGAACUCAAGGCUGAGAUAGACGCUAGGGAUGAGACAUUUACGACCAUCUGCCAGACUGGCGAGGCCAUGAUCCAGGCUGAUCAUUAUGCCAAGGACGAGAUUGAAACAAAGGUACAGCAGGUGCAAGACACACAGGAGAAGCUAAAGAAGACGUGGGAGGAGCAGAAGGACUACCAUGACAAGCUGUAUGACCUACACACCUUCCUGCGUGAUGCUCAGCAGCUUGAUACCAUCAGUUCCUCACAGGAGGCAUAUUUGUCCAGCACCGACUUUGGUGCCGACAUUGACCAGGUGGAAAUGUUCAUACGCAAGCAUGAAGCUUUUGACAAAGUGCUGGAAGUCCAGGAAGACAAGUUGGAAGCGUUGAAAGACCAUGGUACCGAGUUGAUGAACAGUCGACACUUUGAGGCUCCACGAGUCAAAACAACACUGGAUGAUGUCACUGCUAGGCGUGCUGGAAUCAAAGACCAGAGUGCUGUGCGGACUCAGAAACUGGACGAUUCCCACCUUUACGCCCAAUUCAACAGAGAUGUACAUGAGUUUGAAGGCUGGGUAGAUGACAAACUCAAGGUGGCUUAUGAAGACAACUUCCAGGAUGUGACCGAUUUAAAUGAAAAGAUGAAGAAGUUACAGAAACAUCAGGCAUUCGAGGCGGAGAUAAAAGCUAACAUAGAGGGCAUUGAGAAGAUCAAUGAGAAAGGGAAUGAGUUGGUACGCAGAAAGCACCCCGAGUCUGACAGAAUUCGCCAGCGUAUGCAGCGGUUCUCCUCCAAGUGGAAUGAGCUGUUGCAGGGAUCUAGUAACCGUGGCAAAGGUCUGGAGGAGGCCAAGGACAUCCUCAAGUUCAACGAGCAGGUCAACAAAGUGGAGACCUGGAUCAGGGACAAGGAGGCACUGGUAAAUGCUGGAGACCUUGGUCGUGACUACGAACACUGCUGCGAGCUUCAGAAGAAAGCCGACGACUUGGAAUCAGCUGAUGCCAAUGGUGGUAUUACAGUGGAUGACAGUCGUAUCAAGGCCAUCAACGAUCUGGCCGCCAAGCUAAUCUCACAGGGACGAACAGACACAGUGGCCGUGAAACAGAGGCGUGACGAGAUGAACCAGAAAUGGAAAGGUAUCCAAGGAGACCUUAACAACUACAAACAGAAAAUGGCGGCUGCAUUAGAGAUCCACGCCUUUAACCGUGACGUAGACGACAUCAACGAUCGUAUCAACGAGAAGGCUGUGCUGCUGUCCAGUGAAGACAUGGGCAAGGACUUGAACGCUGUGGAGGCCCUACAGAGGAAACAGGAGGCGAUGGAACGUGACAUGACCGCACUACAGACCCAGCUUGAGAGAAUUGAGCUGCAGUGUCGUCAGCUGUGUACAAAGUAUCCCGACAUGGCAGAUUCAAUACUGCUGAAACAAAAGGAGGCUCAGGACAACUGGGAGAAACUUGAGGACCUCUCUGACCUCAGGAAAUCGAGGCUGGUAGAGUCCUACAAACUUCAGAAGUUCCUUGCUGAUGCAAGGGAACUGAUUACCUGGUCAGGUGACAUGACAACUAGGAUGAAUGCUGCUGAUCUGGCUAAGGACGUUCCCGAGGCAGAAAGCCUGCUACAAAUGCAUCAUGAACGCAAGGCGGAGAUUGAUGGUCGUAAGCCCCACUUUGCAGCUGUGAGAGAGUAUGGUAUCAAGCUAAUUGAUAACAAGCAUUCUGCUGCAGAGGAAAUACAGAAGACCAUCGGUCAACUUGACCAUACCAAGCUGUCACUGAAUGGAGCCUGGGACAAGCGUAAUGUGGUCCUUACUCAGUGUCACGAUCUCCAGGUUUUCAACGAUACAGCGGAACAAACAGAAUCCUGGAUAAAUACCAAGGAGGCGUUCCUGUCCAAUGAUGAUCUAGGGAAUACACUGUACAGCGUUGAGGCGUUGAUUAAGAAACAUGAUGGGUUUGAGAAGGCGACACAAGCCCAACAGGACAGACUGGAGGACCUGAAACAGUUCGCACAGAACCUGAAUGAGCAGAACCACUACGCCACUCAUGAGAUUGUUGACCGCUGUCAAGCUGCUGUGGAGCGCACCAGACGAUUUAUGGAACACUCGACUGCCAGGAGGCAGAAACUGGAGGAUUCCAAGAACUACCAGCUCUUCCUCAGGAACCUGUAUGAAGUGUCUAACUGGAUUAAUGAGAAGCUUCAGGUGGCCCUGGAUGAGUCCUACAGAGACCCUACUAACCUACAAGCCAAGCUCCAAAAGCACCAGGCAUUUGAGGCGGAGGUGACGGCCAACAGGAACAGAGUGGACGCUGUGGUGGAGGAGGGCAAUGGGCUGGCGAAACAGGACCAUUACGCCAAGACAGACAUAGAAAAGAGACUGAAUGAACUGGAGUUGAGUUGGGAAGCUCUCAUGGCUGCUAGUGCUGAAAAGAAAGACAGACUCCAGGAUGCUUACCAGGCAUUGAUGUUUAAUCGUGUUGUGGACGACCUAAUGGCCUGGAUGGAGGAUGUGGAAUCGCAGCUCAUGUCGGAGGACCACGGCAAGGACCUCACUUCUGUCCACAACCUCCUCAAGAAACACCAGAUGCUAGAACAGGACAUCCAGAUUCACAAAGAGAAAGUGACCGACAUCCAAGACGCUGCUCAGGUGUUCAAGGAAGCUAAACACUUCAUGAACAAGGACCUGCAGGCCAGGGCCAAAGAAACUACUGACAGGUAUAAGUCCCUAACGGAGCCGUGCACCAUCAGGCGUGACAACCUGGAGGAGGCACUAUUGAUGUACCAGUUCUACCGCGACGUUGAGGACGAGAUGUCAUGGAUACAGGACAAGAAACCAGUCGCCUCGUCCACUGACCUUGGGGCCUCGUACCCAGCUGUCCAAAACCUUAUGAAGAAACACCAGGCGUUAGAGGCAGAGAUUAUUGCGCACGAGCCACUGAUUGAUGAUGUGGCUAGUAAUGCCCAGCGGAUGAUUCAGUCCAAACAUUUCGCCAGUCAGGACAUUGAGAUUCGACUGGACGAACUUCAUCGUGACCUUCAACAGCUUAAGGAACAGACAUCUGUGCGCAAGGUCGCCCUACAAGACUCCCUUGAAUCUCAAAAGUUCUAUGCCGAGAUAGCCGAGGCUAACAGCUGGAUGGACGAGAAGAUCCCUGUCCUCAGCAGUCCGGACUACGGCAAGGAUGAGGAUACUGUACUGGCCUACACAAAGAAGUUAGAUGCUUUGGAGAGAGACAUUGAUAACUUCAGCAACAACAUCGGAGAACUGGCCGCUCUGAGUCGUACUUUGGUGGACAAGGGUCACUAUGACAGUGAAAAUGUGAAGAAACAACAGGCAUCUGUGGAGAGUAAGCAUAGCCAUCUUCAGGAUCUGUCCAGCCAGCGCCGCAUCAGACUGACCGAUACCAGGAAACUGUAUGAAUUUUACCGUGAGGCAGAGGAGGUGUCCGUCUGGAUCUCGGAACGUGUGGUAAUAGCUGCCUCUGAGGACUACGGACAAGAUCUGGAGCAUGUGGAGAUGCUGCAGCAGAAGUUUGAGGACUUUAUCCAUGACCUCAACUCGAGUGAAGAUCGGAUCACUAAGGUUGAAACUAUGGGAACCACCAUGGUUGAAGCUCAACAUUUUGAGUCGGAGAAGAUCAAGAUGAGAUUAGAAGAGAUUAAUCAGAUGUGGCUAGAAUUGAAAGAUGUUACCAAAGCUCGACAGGAUGCCCUAGCAGCAGCCAAACAGGUUCAUAUGUAUGGCAGGGAUGCAGACGACACGCUGGAUUGGAUCCAGGAGAAGGAGGGACUUGUUACCAAAGAUGAGUUUGGCCAUGACCUUGAAAGUGUGCGUGCACUACUAAGUAGACACGAAGGACUUGAGCGUGACCUUGCAGCCAUCAGUGAACAAGUGGAGUCCAUCACGAAGGAAGCGGAGCGACUGAUUGGUCAGUUCCCUGAUGCCCAGGAACACAUCGCAAUGAAGCAUGAGGAGAUGGUUCAGUCAUGGAACAACCUAGUCGAGAAGGCAACACUGCGGAAAGAGAAGCUACAACAGGCUGAUCAGCUCCAGGUCUACUUCAACGACUACAGGGAACUCAUAGCAUGGAUCAAUGAAAUGAUCGCCAUCAUCACGUCCGAGGAACAUCCGCGGGAUCUUUCCCUGGCUGAAGCCAAGAUGACACUAUGUAAGGAACACAAGACAGAGAUAGAGAGUCGAGAGGAGGUUGUCAACACGUUUAGGGAGACAGGACAGGUCAUGAUCCAAAAUGGACACUUCCUGUCUGACGAGAUACAAGAGAAGGUGAAAGACCUAAACUCGGCGUGGGAAGCGUUAUUAAGUACAUUUGAGACCUACAAAAGAAUCUGCGAGCAGAAUCUGGAAGCCCAGCAACUGAAACAUGAGAUGGAGCAGUUAGAGGCCUGGAUGACGAUCAGGGAGCCACUGAUGAAGGAGAAAAAUUACGGAAGUAACAUUCAGGCCGUCGAAGAGUUGCUACGGCGACAAGAUGACUUUGAGAAAACUGUUGAUGCUCAGUCAGAAAAAUUUAAAGGAAUCUGUCGUAGAACACAGUUAGAACAAGCUGUCCUAGACAAGAAGCAUCAAGAGAUUGAACUAGAGAAUGCCAGAAGGGAGAUGGAGAGACUGGAGGAGAUACGAAAACGCGAGCAGGAUAGGAUUAUGGAGACUGUGCAGAGUGAGAGGAAACGAGAGGAGGAACAGAGGAAGGCUCGGGAUGUCCUCCUCAGACGACAGAAAAGUGGUGGUGAUGACUCGUCAGAUGAGGAUGAUAAUGACAAAGACAAGUUGGACCGUAACACUGUGAAGAAUCUGAUUGGUCGUUCCCAUAGUAUAAAGAAAAACAAGGGAGAUAAGAAGGGUGACAAGGAGAGUGGUGGAAAGGAAGUACGGCGAGCGAUUAGUUUCAAGUCUCGUACUGACGGGGCCAGCUCCCCUCCACCAGUGCUACAAAAGGCUUACGAAUUUAGACAAGGGGAAGGAAUAGUUCAAAAUGACAAUGAUGAGCCCGAUGCUCCAACACUGCCACAUGCCCCUCCUCCAGAGAUGUUGGGUGGGACUGACCAACAGGUGAUGGCCGGGCGGUCACCUCAGCUUAGCCCUAAACAGAAACGUGUAGACACUCUGAAGGAUGAAGGCAAAGAUAAGAAAAAGAGGACUCCUAGUUUUAAUCUUCGAAGACGUACACGUAGUUUUAAGGAGAAAUAUAAACUUCCAGAUAAUUUACCCCCUGCUGAAGUUGAAGGAAUUUUAGAGCGAAAACAGGAAUUACAAACUGGUGGUAAAAAAGCCACAAUACGGUCAUGGAAAUCUAUGUAUACUGUAUUAUAUGGACAAAUUAUGGCAUUUUUCAGAGACAAAGAAGCCUCUCUGGAGAAAGCACCCUGUGCUCCGUCCCUAUUUAUACACAAUGCCUAUUGUGAGGCUGCUAGAGAUUACCACAAAAAGAAAAAUGUAUUCCGACUACGACUCAAAGAUGGUGCUGAAUUCUUAUUGGAGGCAGGGAAUCAGGGUGAAAUGAACGAUUGGCUGUCUAAAGUCAGCCAUUUUGCAGCUCAGUUGCCCAUGCACACAGAGUCGGAAUUCAUUCAUAAUUCUGAUCAGGCGGAUGACUGUUACGAUGGGCAUAUUGGAGGGGCGGAAGAUGAGACGCUGGAAGACUCAGAGUUGAGGGAAAUAUUUACAGCUGCUCAGGUCUCUGAGGAUGUUGUCGAGGCAAUGACCAACACCGAGCAUUCUGAGGGUCGGGCACGCAGCACGUCUCCCCUCGCACCUCAUAGGGAAUCUCAGGAGUUCAAAGAGGAGGACCUGGCUAGGGUACGACAGAUGGCUGAUCGGGGCGACUCCCCUCGUGUACCUGGUAUCUCCAUGGAAGUGUCAGAGGCUGAGCCCACACACCAGGAGGACAGUCCCAGGGAGGAGUUUACUGACUACCAGACACCUCAAAAUGACAGGACAGCCAGUAGAUUGAGUGAUCCUUCUUCUGAUCAAGCAGAGGAGGAAGCAGCAUCGCCUCAAGGAAUGUCGAUCUCGGAUCAGCCACCGGUAGUCAUGGCAACCUCUCACCAGUCACCGGUAGUCAUGACAACCUCUCACCAGUCACCGGUAGUCAUGACAACCUCUCACCAGUCACCGGUAGUCAUGACAACCUCUCACCAGUCACCGGUAGUCAUGACAACCUCUCACCAGUCACCGGUAGUCAUGACAACCUCUCACCAGUCACCGGUAGUCAUGACAACCUCUCACCAGUCACCGGUAGUCAUGACAACCUCUCACCAGUCACCUGUAGCCAUGGCAACCUCUCACCAGUCACCUGUAGUCAUGGCAACAUCUGACCAGUCACCUGUAGUCAUGGCAACAUCUGACCAGUCACCAGUAGUCACACCUCGCAGUUACAAUGGAAGUGAUGAACUCAACGGAGAUGGCCAGGACCAUCAACCAGUACAACAUGGGAGUCCAAGAGCAAGGCCCCGUCCAGCCCCUCGAGGAGACCGACCCAUGUCAGAUCAUCUUGGGACUGAGGAGGCUGACCAUGGGGACGAGGAUAAGAAGGGGAAGAGGCGAAGUGUGUUUGGUUUCCUCAAGAAGAAGAAGGAUAAAGACCACGAAGAACACAAAGAGCACAAAGAGCACAAAGAACACAAAAAACACAAGAAGGACAAAAAAUCUGAUACGUAGUCUUCACACCGAAUCACAAGGCUAAGAUAUACAUAGGAAAGGAUGAGGUGUUUCCUAGCAAAGGACAGCUACAGGGUCAAAAUGUCCAGCACAUUGUGACAAGUUGUCUAAAUGCCUGAAACAAAACUGGAACAUCACAAAGAUAUGACAAUAAAUGACUGAGUACUACAGAGUUACAACCUAUAACACAAAUAUAGUAUGAAAGUUGCAAGAUACUCUACGGGUUGAUGAUUAAAGGUAGAAAAUCCUGUAUUGUUACAAGGUAGAUAGAACAAGUGAUAAAGGUGUGAGAGAAACCGACUCAGGUGUGACAAGGUGAGAACGCACCUUCAUUGCUUUUUAUCCCCAAGGUAACAUUUGUGUUCAAUAGAUUAGGUUUUCUUAAAUAUUUAGCUGAAGGGUUAAAGACCAUUUGGUCAAGAGUUUUUCAUCUCAGCUGAUUUUAUGACAGAUAUUAUGCAUUUGUUCAUAAAAUCAACUUUUAAGACUAUAUAUAUGAUUUAGAUAGUUUAAGCAAUUAAUACCUAAAUAUUCUCUCAUAUUGUUAAAGGUGUAGAAGUUUCAUAGUGCUUGUUGUUUUGUCCCUUACAAAUGAAUGUGUCUGCAGCUUUGAGUGUCAGUAGUGGACAAGAGACAGUAGAUACAGUAGUUUGGGUCAGACUCAGCAUCUUAGUUUUGAGUUUUCUAUAUACUCUAUACAUUAUUAAUGUAUCAAAGGGAUGAACAAUAGUCUGGCUAACCAUUCAGGCAGGUCAGUAGAGGUGACUCAGGUUGUGAGGGAAACAAUUUAAUUCCAGUACAAGAGCACUAAUAAAUAUUGAAUUGUGGAUAUAAAGGUUUGUUAUAUGAAGUUGUCUGUUAUAAUAUAUUUGAUAUGUUAUGAAAUAUCACACAAUAUGCUAUGCAUACCAAUAAGAACUUUUCUGAAACAUUACUAUUGUAUAUUAUUUUGUGUUUGCUAGAAGUACUGCCAGUGGUGUCGUUGAUAAAGAGAGCAUACUCUCUGUCUGUGGUACCUUACUGGUGGGGUUGUAUGGCACCUUCUCAUUGGGACAAUGUUGUACGAUACCAGUAGGAUUUAGCCAUGAGGGCUGUGGUGGACUGGUAUGACUGGUAUCAGGAACUGCUUAUUAAAAGUUGGAUAUCUUACGAAUAAAACAACACGUCAUGAUAUUCUGUGUUUGUCUUUAAAAAUCCUGAAUUCUAUAAACAACUUUGGUAUUUAAUGUGGUUUAGAGAUUGACCCCUGAGGACAAAAUCCCAGAAAUAUUUUGAUUUACACAAAAAGAAAUUUACAUCGAAAAAUUGUGAUCUCAUUAACUAACAAGAGCAAGGUCCUUUGCCUGUUAACUGUUGCCAGAUGUAUUACACACCGGAGGUUACUUGUAUCAUACAGCUUUACAUUUAUAAAGACUGCUGUUAGUUUUCUGAUAUUGAAUGUAAAAUUUACAACUCAUUAUUAUUGCUUAAUGUUGUCUAUUACAAAGAAUAAGAAAAUAAAUGACUAUUUUUGAUAAAUUAUUAUGAACUGUAUGCAACAAAUCCAUCCUUUCAAUUCAUAUAUGCUGUUUUUCAUCACUAUAAUAAAUUAUGCAUUUCAUAUUCAUAAUGGCAAACAAAUAAAUCUGUUAAGUUUUAAUUCCUUUAAAAUUUUAGGAACGAGUAUAAGCAAUAUGAGUACUAACUGUGAUUUUCAAAAACCAGAUUUACUUUGCACACGUCUUAAGCCUUUAUGGGACCAAGAUACAAUUUUACAUACAGUGUAUAUGUUCAAAACAUUGAUGGGACCAAGACAACUUUUCAUAAAUGGCUGAAACUUACUGGCAUCAAGGAAACUUUUUGCACAUGUCUUGAGACACUGUUGUAAAAAAUAUGUGUAUUUUAUUUAUGCUGUAUUGUUUCAUAAAAAUGUAAACACUUAUUUAUGAGAAUGUAAUGACACAAAAAGGUGACUUGGAGGUCAUGUGUAGGUGUUAUGUAAAAAAGGGAUAUGUGUUGCGACAAAGAAUUGGGCAUAUGGAAUGAUAAUUUUAUCUAAACCAAAAAUCUGAAGUGUUUUUUAUCUUUAUAUUGCAUAUAAGUAUAUGUCAAUUAAAUAGCUUUUUGUUUAUUUCAAUGAAAUAGAUGAUUAUAGAAACUAAAAUAGAUAUACAUCAAAGUACAUGCACUCCCAUGACAUGUUUACUAUCUGGGAAGGGAUGUAAUGGACAAUGUGCCUAAUCCACAAUAAAAUUGAUUUGAAAUGAAAUAAUGUUCACUAUACGAAUGUGCAGAGGAUAUUGGGUUCAAUAGACUACUAGUAGAAAAUAUGUUAUUUCCAAGUUAUUAUGUCGUAUAUUUAUGUCUUUAUAUUUACUUCAUUGUGCUACAUCUGUCCUUUUAUAAAGGCAAUUACAGUCCAAUCUUGUAGAAUUGGAUUUUUUUUAGAGGUCAUGAAUCGAGACAAGGUGGGAAGGUUAACAAAACAUUUCUUAAAGGUGCUACACCUUACUUAGACGAAUUCUGAUGUUGGGAGUACUUUUCUCUGUGUAUAGGGAUGCAUGUUUUAUAUAUAAAUAUAUUUAUACAUUGUGAAUUGUCUCAUGAUAAUUUUGUUCCAAUGGGAACCUUGAUAUUACUGGAUGUUGUUGGAUAGUACAUUAAGCCCAGGUUGUGAAAUCCACUUAUGAUACCGGUCAAGUUCUUACAAGUGGGAAGAAACCAGGCUCAACUUAUAUAUUCUACAGGUCUCAAAGGAUUGGUCUUUUAUUCGAUUAACUGAUUUUUAUUUUUUUUUGAUCUUCGACACUAUUAGGAAAAAAAAGAUUACUGGUAAAUCAGAUUUGAAAUUUUGUUACUGGCAUUUACAUAAGACACAUACGAGCUGAAAUCAUACCUGUACAAUUGUGAUAGACAGAGGGGACCAAACAUGGUGGGUGAUACAAGGCUUGUCCUACAGUUGUUCUAUCUUAUAAGGUCACAGGUCACCUGUUUACUACUUGUUCAGUUUUGUUUGUUUAUGUUUCAUGUUAGUGGAAUAGAUUUCUUGUUUUGAAUGUAACAGUGCUGAAAGUAUUCCCGAGUCAAACUACGUAUCUUACCAUGUAAUUUUGGUAUUUAAUUUUAUGUACUGUUUAGUGUUUAUGAUUUAUCUCUCAAUACUUAUUAAUCACAUUUAAACGAUAUUCAUCUUGUGGUGUCCCUGUGCCGAUCGAGAACAAUUUCUGAUGUACCUAUAAAGAAACUGUUGGUGUGUGUAUAACGUUUACCUGUAAUCAAUAUAUAUAUAUAUAUACAUAUGAACAGUCUGAAUGUUAACUGUGUGUAUACCUGUAUAUUACACCUGUGAUUAAAUCCACAAUUUACCUACUCUGUGAUUUAGGGGUGUGACCGAAGUAUACUUUCCCUCAUCCAUCAUGGAUCUGAUUCAUUGUCCGUAGGACCGCUUAUACUCGUUCAAACAAUUCUGUAUGAAUCGUUUUAGGUGGUGUUUUUUUUAUCCCUUUAGCCUUAUAUAAUACAUUAUAAUACAUUUCAUUAUAUGGCAUUAAUUUAUAGGUGUAAAGUUUAAUGUAUACCACACUAUUAUUAGUAUAGCUCAGAAAAAUAGGAUAUACUUACAAUAUUAGAACUAUUACCAUAUAUCACAGAUGCCAAAAUAACAUGUGUAUGAGAGUAAUAAGUACAUAUAUAAGAUUAUGCAUUGCAGUAUUGCUAUAGUGUAAAUACUACAGUUUCAUUUAUAUACCGGACUAACAUUGUUACAGUUCACAAAAGCAAUAAAUUGUAAUAAAACUAUUAAACAAG